AUGAGCAGCUCUGACGGCUCCGACAGCCCUGGCAGCGCGCGCCGCCAGUCGCGCCCCUCGGCACACAGCCCCACCAUGCGUGGGUGGCACCUCGGCAACGAGGCAGCGGCGCGGAGAACUGCCGCGUUGCAAGUGGCUCAUCGCUCGCAGCGGCUCGAGAUCGUGCACUACAUCGACGACACCUACGGCAAGGCCGCCGUCCCGUUCAAAGACGUUGCCGAGCACUUCCACCGUAGCCAAGGAACGAUGACGGGUCUGUGGAAGGGCCGACACGACCUCGAGCCGCGCCGCCCCGGGCCGCACCCUGCACCCGUCGACCCCCCUCGUCCGGAGGACGAUCUGCUCGUCGACGUGGUCUUCCACCCGCCGAGGAAGGACGCCCCUACUGAUGCAGGGGAGAAUCCCACCCAGCCACCGCGCGCCACCCUACAGUCCACUCUACUGGAGUGCGUCAACGGGGCCCUGAACACGCUGCACGUGGCCGUCCGCUCCGUGGCGGAGGACGAGCUGGGCAAAGCGAUUCUGGCAGCAGCGGACCGGGACGUCCACCACGCCUACGCGGACCCGAAGUGGCCACGGCUGUUCAUCGCCAGCAACAAGAUCGAGGUCAACUACCGCAAGGCCACGUGCGAGAAGAUGAACCUCAACUACGUGGUCGCCAACCUGCAGGACGUGUGCGUGGGCUCGGCCGACUUCUCCGACGCGGCGCUGCAUGAGUUCAACGAGGAGUUCCUGCUGCAUCUGCGAGGCUGUCGAGCCGCCAACUUGUUCGUCCAGGACUUUACGUACCGCUGGAAGACCGGGUCCAAGUGCCUGCUACGCAGCAAGCUCGAGCCGCCCACUGAUUUUGAUUAG